UUAUAAUUAGAAUCGUAUCUUUCAGUUUUAGAAAACAUAUCAUUAUAAAAUUAACAAUCUUAUUCUCUUCUUUUUUAAGCUAAUCUUUAGGACUUAGGUAAAAUAAUAGGUUUAAACAAAGGUUGAUUAGAUUCUAACAUAAUUUUCUUUUUCUCUUGAAUUUUCUCAUAAUCUGAAAGCAACUUUUCUUCAACUUUUUCAGGCCUAUUUAAGAAAUAACUUUAUUUGUUGAUUUUAGGUUUAAAAGUAAUACUUUAGAGUUCUUUUUUUUACAUAUCCAAUUAUUAAAAAAGAAUAUUUUUUCCUUUAUUUUCAAGCCAUUGUUAUUAAAAAUGAUAAAAUUCAAUAAUAUUUCUUUAAGUUUGAUAUUUUUUUAAAAUAGAAGGUUAAAAUGUACAUUCUUCUAGGAAUUUUUUUUUUUCAAAUUCCUCUUUUUAAACUUUUCUUUCUUCUAUUUCUUUCUAAUGUUUAUCAAUUAAUUACUAAGUCCUUUUUUCAAUUUUUUCUAGUUUUAGUUUUUCUACAAUUUUCUAAGAUUUUUUACACAAUUAAACAGAGGUUUAUAGUUUUUUUUAUUCAUUUUCUUAUUUGUCUUCUUUCAUUUUCUAUAUUUUGUUUUCUACUUCAAUUUACUUUUUAUAUAAACGACCUACUACUCCUUUAGUAUUAUAAAGUUUAUAUUUUUACAAAUUGAUAUAUUUUUCUCCUUCCUCUUAAGCAAUUAUUUAUUUUAUUGAUCCAAUUUUCAUACCUUAUAAAUCUCGAACAUCAUUUAUUAUCUUUUUAUCACUUUCUUCUUCUUUUAUACAAUCAUAAUUUUAAGAUAGAUACUCUUAUUUCUAUAUGAGGUUCUAUUAUGAUAUUGACUUUUCGAAAGAAUUCUGUGGGGGAUUUUCAUAGUUUUAAUCCAUGAUGAUUUCUGCUUAGUCUUUUUAUUAUUAAUCUGACCAGAUUUAAUCAUUUUCGCUCUAUUUAGAUUCUUCAUUUUUUAUCUAAACUAUAGUUUCUUAAAUUUAUUCGUCUAUUUAAGAUGUUUCUUAUUUUUAUUCUUAUUCUAUUAAAAGCUAAUUUUAUUAUUUUUAGAUUUCUUCUAAAAGUUAUUUUUGUGUAUUUGAUAGUUCUUACUCUAUUUUUUUAAUUUCUUAUUCUUUAAUUUCUAUUUUACUUUCUUCUUCUUUUCUAUCGUAUUCAUUUUCUUGUUUUAAUUCUUAGUUUAAAUUUUCUUGGUUUAAAUUUUCUUGGUUUAGAUUUUCUUGGUUUAGAUUUUCUUGGUUUAAGUUUUCUUAGUUUAAAUUUUCUUAGUUUAAGUUUUCUUAGUUCAAAUUUUCUUAGUUUAAAUUUUCUUAGUCUAAAUUUUCUUAGUUUAAAUUCUCUUGGUUUAAAUUUUCUUGGUUUAGAUUUUCUUGGUUUAGAUUUUCUUGGUUUAGAUUUUCUUGGUUUAGAUUUUCUUGGUUUAGAUUUUCUUAGUUUUAAUUAUUUUGUAUUUAUUCUUAGUUUUCGUCUAUGUUAUGUUUUAAUUCUUAUUUUUCUUCUUGAUUUUAGUUUUCUUAUUAAAGAUUUACAUUUUCUUAUUUUUUAUUUUCUUAUUGUAAGCUUACAUUUUCCUAUUUUUGCUCUUAGUUUAUUUUUUCUUUAUUUUCUUCUUCUUAUUCAUCUUUUUUCUCUUCAUCAUUUUUUUAUUCUUUUUAAAGAUUUUCUUCUUUUAUUUCAUUUGCAUUUUCUUCUUACUAAUUUUUUUCUAUUUAUUCUUGUGGAAAAUUUUCUUAAUUAUUAUUUUUAUUUUCUUCUCUUUCUUUUUAUUACUCUUAUUAAUUUUCUUAGCUAACUUAUGUUUAUUAUUAUUCAUUAUUAUUUUAAGAUAAGUCUUAUUAUUGAUUAAAAAGUUAUUUUUAUUAUUUUUAUAAUUCUUUUAUUUCAUUAUUUUGUUAUUCUUAAUUAUUUUCAGGAUUUUAGUUUUCAUUAUCUUAAGUUUCUUAAAUUUGUUGUUUUAACAAUUUUUAUUGUUAUUCAUCAAAUUUAGAUUGAUGUUCAGCCAUUUUUUCCUUAAUAUUUUUUGCCAUGAUUUCUUUAAAUUUAUCUAUUCCAUUUUCUUUUAUUUAUUGUACUUCUUCUUUAUUUAAAUCUAAUUUGUUUAAAUUAGGGGUUGGUCCUUAUCCAUAAACCAAUAAUUCUUCUUUUACUUAUUCGUAUAUUUGAUCAUAAUUUUGUUCUAAUGUAAAAUCUAUUUUAGUUUGUUCAGAUUAUCCACUC